CUCUUCUCUACAGCGCACGUAACGUACGUAGCUACGCGACACAAGAUAAGAAAUGGUUUGUCGUGCCAUGGGAUGAGGACGCAGGACGCUGACAGCGCCGCCGCCGCCGUUCCAAAGCGAGCGGCGAGCGGCGAGCGGCACGCCGUCGACACCAUCUUGCCCAUUAUAUAUCUCCUCUGCUCCCUCCGUAUUUGUAAACUGAUUUCCCCUCCAAAUUCCACCCCAGUUACUACUACGCUUCCCAUCAUGCGGCGGCGGCCGGCGCUUCUCCUGCCAUUGCUCCUCGCGGCCAUGGCGGCCGCCGAGCCGGCGCCGUCGACGCUGUCCGGCCCGUCGCGGCCGGUGACGGUGUCGCUGCUUGAAGAGAGAGGCCACGCGGUGGACCUGCCGGACACGGACCCGCGCGUGCAGCGCCGCGUCAAUGGCUGGUCCCCCGAGCAGAUCGCCGUCGCGCCCUCCGCCUCCCCCACCUCCGCCUGGGUCUCCUGGGUCACAGGGGAGUACCAGAUAGGCGACGCCGUGAAGCCACUAAACCCAGCGACCAUCAACAGCGUGGUGCGCUACGGGCUCGCCGCCGACGCCUUAACCCACACGGCCACGGGCGUCGCCAUGGUCUACAGCCAGCUCUACCCGUUCGAAGGUCUCCUCAACUACACUUCCGGCAUCAUCCACCACGUCCGCCUCCACGGCCUUGAACCCGCCACCAAGUACUACUACCAGUGCGGCGACCCGGCGGCCGCGGGCGGCAUGAGCGCCGUAAACGCGUUCCGGACGCUGCCUGCAGUCGGCCCGGCGAGCUACCCGGCGAGGAUCGCCGUUGUCGGGGACCUCGGGCUGACCUACAACACCACCUCGACGGUGGACCACAUGGUGAGCAAUGACCCUGACAUGGUGCUCCUCGUCGGGGACGUGAGCUACGCCAACAUGUACCUGACCAAUGGUACCGGCGCUGACUGCUACUCGUGCGCGUUUGGGAAGAACACUCCCAUCCAUGAGACCUACCAGCCGCGCUGGGACUACUGGGGAAGGUACAUGGAGCCUGUGACGUCGAGGGUGCCGAUGGCGGUGGUGGAAGGGAACCACGAGAUCGAGCAGCAGGCCGGGAACAAGACCUUCGCGGCCUACAGCGCGCGGUUCGCCUUCCCGUCCGAGGAGAGCGGCUCCGGCUCGCCCUUCUACUACUCCUUCGACGCCGGCGGCAUCCACUUCGUCAUGCUCGCCGCAUACGCCGACUACAGCAAAUCAGGGGAGCAGUACAGAUGGUUGGAGAAGGACCUGGCGAAGGUGAACCGGUCGGUGACGCCCUGGCUCAUCGCCGGGUGGCACGCGCCAUGGUACACCACCUACAAAGCUCACUACAGAGAAGUGGAGUGCAUGAGAGUGGCCAUGGAGGACCUGCUCUACUCCCACGGCCUCGACAUCGUCUUCACCGGCCAUGUUCACGCUUACGAGCGGUCCAACCGGGUGUACAACUACACGCUGGACCCGUGCGGGCCGGUGCACAUCUCGGUGGGCGACGGCGGCAACAGGGAGAAGAUGGCCGUGGGGCACGCCGACGAGCCGGGCCGCUGCCCGGACCCGAAGAAGACCCCGGGGAAGUUCAUGGGCGGCUUCUGCGCCUUCAACUUCACCUCGGGACCGGCCAAGGGCAAGUUCUGCUGGGACCGGCAGCCGGAGUACAGCGCCUACAGGGAGAGCAGCUUCGGCCAUGGCAUCCUCCAGGUCAAGAACGACACGCACGCGCUCUGGCAGUGGCACCGGAACCAGGACGUGUAUAAUAGCGUUGGGGAUGAGAUCUUCAUCGUCCGGGAGCCUCAUCGGUGCCUGUGCAAUUCUAGCAGGCCGGCACACCAUCGGCGACCUUGAUGAUCUCAAAGCCGCCCGGCUGACGAAUUAAAGUACUGGCAUAUGAAUAAUGUGAGCUUAUAUGAUGAGACAAUAAGUACU